ACAAAACUGGCGCAAAGCUCAUUCAAAUUUAUCCUUAAAAAUAUUAAUCACUAUUGCAUAAUCAAUUACUGUUUCUUUUUCUGUGAUAUUAAUCGACGUGAUAUUCAUCAAAUAUUAAUAGUGCAACCAUAAGAUGUUAUUCGAGGAUAACCCAGAAACCACAAUUAAACACACGCUGAGGCAGAUCAGGCACGAUAAUCUCUUCAAUUCGAGCGAGGAAAGCCUCUUCGAGGGGACCGACAGGACGUUUUCGCAGGUAUUCGUGGAGUUACCCUAUCCCGUGCACGUGCCAUUAAGAACCUCCGAAGAUUUGGCCAAGAAGUUGCUCAAGGAGAAGGCGGAAUACAACAAUUUGCGCGAAUCGAUUCGCAGAAGGUUCACCGUAUACGAUGAAAAUCGAAUCAUCAAAGAAGAGCAAGCCGAUGAAAGAUACAUUACGUUACCUCGGUAUAUGAUCGAUUGGAGGAAAAGAAAGAACCCCGAUGAUACCUUCAACAGUCACUAUAAUUAUUACUAUACCGGUGGAAAUUUGGAAUACUUUCGGUUAAAUGACAACGUUUAUCUAAUUCGACCUGAUGUGAAUAAUAAAUUGUGCAUUACGAACGUAUCACGUGGCAUAAAUUUAACUAAAGAAGUGGCUAGAGUGAAUUUCCAUACUGAAACUCCGAUAUUUAAUAUAAACUCUACGGAGUGCGGAAAUGACUUGUAUUUCACUAUAAGGGAAAAACAAACAGUAAAUGUAGUGAAAUGUGAUGAAACUCUUAGCAUGACUUUAAAGUACUCUAAAACUCACCAGCUACCGGUAUUGGAUUCUAAACUUUACGGGGAUGAUAAAAUAGGUUUCAUUUUACCAAACGGAAAGUUAAAUGUGACUGAUAUUACGACUGAUCAAACAAUUUUUAGCACUAGGAAUGAACUGACUGAUGAAAUCGAUAAUUUUCAACAAUUCAGAUUUUUGAACGAACAAACAAUUUUACUAAUGGAUAGAGCAAAGAUUAAAUUAAUAGAUAUGAGGAGUAAUAUGCAUGAAAUGUGUUUCGAGCCUCAAUUAUUAAAAUGCAACGGGUUUUAUAAUUUUGUUGAUAUAAAGAAUACAUUACUAGUCGCCUCAAUGCAUUAUAUUCUCAAAACAGAUCUGAGGAAUUUAACCAAAGUCAGCCACUAUUCCCAUACAUUAUCCGAAGCUCCUUGUUAUCUGGAUUAUACGAAAACUCACACAGACAUAUUUUUAGUAGUUUCUGGACAAAACGGUGCAAAUAGUAGUAAUAAGGUUCUCUUCACAGGAAAAUCGCCAUAUUCAAUACCAUACAAAAUUCCUAGUCUGAAAAAAACUCUAAUAGAAACCCAAUUAAGCUACCCCGAGUUGGUUUUAGAGCAGCACUUAGAAAAUAGACUAUCAUCAUCGAUAACCGGUACAAAAGUGUUGAAUUUAGACAACACCAUUAGUAUAUUUUCGUCGAAUUGUUACGGUGAAAUAUUCAAGCAAAACGUAUUUGAAUCCGAACCCAGUGCCCGAGAACCAAUUGAAGUAUUACAUGAGUGGACAAAAACUCUUUCGAAACCCAAGCAGAUCUUACAUGUUACACAUUUCGAAGAUAUUACUGAUGUAAUGGAUUCUCUCAAGCAAAAGGCUGCCACCAAACCGGAAAACUCUAGUACCCAGAGCUUGGAGAAGCCUUUUUUACAAAAAUUCAAUAUCAAAUACUCCGAUAACAUCAAAAGUCAACUAGCCAAAGAUUUCUUAAGUAUUUGGGAAGACAGUGAUGACAAUGAAGACGAAACAGAAGACUUAGAUAAAGAAAACGUCGAAGAAAAAGUGAACCAAUGGAUCGAAUUGCAAGAUUUUGAUAUCAAAGAUCAUAAAAGUUUGUUAAGUUCAAAUUAUAAAUAAUAAUUCCC